CUAACCUCCUCUUCAUUCCAUCCGCUCAUUGACAAGCCUCUGUCACUCACUUCCUGCGUUUCUGCAGCUUUCACUCCUUCAUCCCACGCUUCGAUUCCGUUGUUUACGGUCUGCUGUGCAGACGAGAUCAACUGUUCGUUCCCUUGAUCAAUCAGGGCGCUUGUCUGACCCUUUGCUUCGGUCCUUGAAUAUAUAACACAGCCAACGCGCAAUCAUCGUUAACCACAAUGGCGCCCCUCGCUAAGUCACUUGCCAUCGCCGUCACGGCCUUUGCCGCUCUGGGUGCUGCUGCUCCGGGCCAUGCCCACAAGCACCACCACAAGCGUGGCGAGGAAGUCACUGUCUGGAAGACUGUGACCGAAACCGUCUGGACCACGAUCGAUGUCACCACCACCAUCACUCCUGGCCAGGAAGCUCCUCCCAGCACCAUCGUCCAGUCGACUGUUGAGGAGGCUACUGCGCCUGCUGAGGCUGCGCCUGAACCUGAGACUACUACCUCGACUUCCACCAGCACCAGCGCUGCUGAGCCCACCUCAACUGCUGAGCCCGUAGCGCCAACGGCCGAUGCCAACGUGCAGGCCGCCGCCCAGCCAACCACCACCACCGUCUCCGAGGCUCCCGUCCCUACAACUACCACCCAGGCUCCUGCUCCUAUCAUUGCUGUCGAGACUUCCAGCGAAGCACCCGAGCCAGUCGCUACCUCUAGUGCCAGCUCCGGCUCCAGCUCUGGCUCUAGCUCCGGAAGCAGUGGCUCUUCUGGACCUUGCUCCGCCGACUCUCCCUGCGUUGGCCAGAUCACUUUCUACGACACUGCCACUUCCGCGAGCGCCCCCAGCAGCUGCGGUACAACGAACGACGGCAGCAGCGAGAAUGUCAUUGCUCUCCCUGUUGGUAUCAUGACCGACGGCGACUGCGGAAGGACCGUUACUAUCAAGUACGGCGGCAAGACCGCCACAGGUACCGUUGUCGACAAGUGCAUGGGCUGUGACAACACCUCCAUUGACUUGUCGCGCCACUUCUUCGGCGAGUUGGCCUCCUUCGACGCGGGCAGAGUUUCCGGCGUCGAGUGGUGGUUGGACUAGAUCUGCUCUUUUACCAUAUCCUCCUCAUCCUACCGUUCUUACAUUCGCUAUAUCAUACUUUCUAUACUUCGUAUCUCGUGGGUGACUCGUCCAGAGUCCCUGAGACCAUUUUAUCAUUCGUGUUCAUAAAAUUUUUGCGGUUGUUGCAAAGUUAUCCAACCAAGCCAUUUGUUAUUUUUCAUGGAACAAAAGCAGAACGGACGAGAAUGGACAGGAUCUGGAAUCCCGCUGGUUUUAUGAUGUUAUGAAUCAAGUGUUUUCGGCAUUCUGUAGUCUUGUA